AUGGAAGAAAACAUAAUGAGGGAGAAACAACCAUUUCCUGCUCUUAGUCGUUCUCUUAUCGUAUAUUUGUACGUUGGGCACUUCUUAACAAGAUGGGGAACAAGAAUGUGGGAAUUCUCCGUUGGGUUAUACAUGAUCCACAUUUGGCCAAAAUCUUUACUCUUCGCUGCUAUUUAUGGGGUCGUGGAAUCUGCCUCUGCUGCAUUAUUUGGUCCCAUCAUUGGACGAUGGGUGGACAGAUUGACAUACGUACAGGUUCUCCGACUGUGGUUGUUGACCCAGAAUCUGUCUUUCAUUAUUGCUGGUGGGGCAACAGUAGCUUUAAUUUUUCACUCAAGCUUGAAAUCAAUAUCUUUUGUGGCAUUCAUUUCACUUUUUGUAUUAACGACCGUUUCUGGAGCAAUUGGUGUGUUAUCAACUCUGGCUGGAACCAUCUUGAUUGAAAGAGAAUGGGUGGUGAUUAUUUCUGAAGGACAGCCUCCAGAAGUACGGACAAAAAUGAAUGCAGUUAUCCGACGGAUUGAUUUAAUCUGCAAACUAUUUGCCCCCGUCAUUUCUGGGUUCAUUAUCAGCUUUAUAUCACUCAAAGCAUCGGCAGUGACUUUAGCACUUUGGAACACUGUAUCUGUUUGGUUGCAGUUUUGGCUUCUAAUGUCUGUAUAUAAUGGAAUUCCUUCUCUAAGUGAAAGAAGCCAAAAGAGGAUCACAAGGCCCAGACCAAAUGAUCCAUUAGAGGACCCAUCUAUUUCUCAGGUAAUAGAGGCCUUGCCCUCUCAUGUGGAAAGUGGUUCAGGAGCAGAACAGAAAGGGAAUAGAGCAGAACAAAAAGGGAAUAGUAAACUUGUCAAUCGCAUCUUACCUAUGCAAUGCAUUGAAGCAUGGAUUGUGUACUUGAAGCAAGAUAUUGUGCUCCCAGGAGUUGCUCUAGCUUUACUAUAUUUUACUGUACUCAGCUUUGGAAGAUUAAUGACAGCUGCUUUGAAAUGGAUGGGUAUGCCUGCUUAUGUUAUUGGUAUUGCACGUGGAGUAAGUGCCACAAUUGGAAUAGCGGCAACAGUUGUGUAUCCAGUCCUACAAUCACACAUUUCAACUCUUCAAACAGGACUAUGGUCUAUCUGGACUCAGUGGAUCUUUCUGCUUGUAUGUGUGGCAUCAAUAUGGGUUCCAAAUGCACGAAUCUCAGCUUGGAUGCUGAUGGGUGGGGUUGCUGCAUCUCGUCUUGGACUGUGGAUGUUUGACUUAUCUGUUAUCCAACAAAUGCAGGAUCAUGUUCCUGAAUCUGAUCGUUGUGUUGUUGGAGGUGUCCAAAACUCACUUCAGUCUAUGUUGGAUUUACUAAGUUAUGUAAUGGGAAUAAUCAUCUCAAAUCCACAGGACUUUUGGAAGUUGACAAUUAUGUCAUUUUCGUCAGCAACACUGGCUGGAUCACUCUACACAUUACAUGCUUAUCGCAGAAGCACCUCUUGCACUAUGAAAAACUGUUUUUGUUAAUACAUUGGUUGUUAAGGGCAUCAUAACUUAUA